CGACGGGAUCCCCCCCCUCCCCAGUUCAAUUCCCCGGCUUUUCUUGCCAAGUUCGCUCUACCGACACUAACUUACUUCGUACGGGGCAUUUCUUCGCCGCGUUUUCCACAUUCGCCAGACAAGAUCUUGUGAUUCCACUAGCCGGCGCGAUGGUUAGGAGAUUUUGGUGAUAUUUUGGUGAUGACAGUUCUGGGCUCGCAGCAGCUCAAAUGCUUUGGCGAAGGUGGUAAGGGUUGUUGGUUGUAUCAGGAACCUUCAGUCUGUCACAGCGGCACCGCGUAAAGCACGAAAGAGAGAGGACUCGCCCCGAGCAAGCACAGCAUGGUCGGGGGUGGCAGAGUGCUGCUCUCACUCGCAGUGCUCUCCGGGCUCGGAUUCGAGAACGCCCUUGGAGGUCAGCAUCCACCACCACCAGACAUAAAGGAGGCUGUAGUCAGUCAGAGAGAAGGUCACCAUCGGCGCCAGGAUGAAAUUUCCGACACACUCCGGGGUGCCACUGGCGCCACCAGCUCCAGCACGUCGAGUCAAAUCGAAGUGCUGUCGCAGACGCAGCCUUCAUCCGAGGUAGCAAUUGCGGCGACGCCCUCGGAGCAGCCCGGGGAUGCUGCAGAAGGGGUUUCGGGGGCGCUUCCAGAAUCCUCCCCUCAGACGACGCAGGGCGGUGGGCUCGGGGCGGAAGGGUCUUUGACGACGGAUACGCAAGACACGCCGACGUCGUCCACUAGUGUUGUCCAGCCCACCGGAGUGCAAGGAGGGGAUUCCAGUGCCGAGAAUCCCGGGCCCGGAUAUACAUACGCCCCGGCCCAGUCGGCACCCGCCACGGCCACGGCGCAGGAGGGCGCCGAGCCAACGCCGCCGCGCGGCGGUCCUCCACGCGGAGGACCUCCGGGCAGCGCGCCCAAGGGCUCGACCUUCUCGCCAACGUAUGCGACAACCGAGACGAUAGACCUGGGCUAUGGCACCGUCCUGCCCGGAGACACGACCUUUACGACGUCGACGCGGCCCCAAAACCAGACAUUUACGGUCGAGCCUUCUGGCUCGAUCCACUACUGCAAGCCUUCGGACCUGGACGGCUCCCCUACCAGCUGGUCCGUCGUCCACACAACGACCAUCACCUGGUACGGCGACCCCGAGGACUACACGCCGCCGUACCCGCCCAUCUCGAUACCCGGGCCGACCUCGUCGUGUGUCGUCCCCGUGACGCCGCCGAAGCUGACCAUCUCCGUCUGCGCGUCGACGGGCGCGGGCACCAAGUACCGCACUUGCGAGGUCACCACGACGACCCAGGGCUAUGGCUUCGGCUUGCAGACCAGCAUCAUCCCCUCGGUCGUCUUCCUCACGACGGACAAGAACCCGGCCGUCAUCUUCACGACCAUCAGCCGGCCAGACUACGGCGUCAGCCAAGACGCCCAGACACGAGACGACCACGCGAGCCCGACGACCCAAGCGCCGCACUCGUCGCCCGACUACAACUCGCCGGGCGGGCCCCAGGGCGGCGGGUCCAAGUCGGCAGAGCGCCCAACCCCUACGCCCAUCUCGGUGGCGGUACAGCCCACCGCGGUGGUGAUCAACGGCCACACCAUCCGCGACAACCCGGCCCAGCCGACCCACGUGGUCAUCGUCGCCGGCCAGACCUUCACCAUCGACCCGACCCGCGUGGUCGGCGGCGGCGCCACCAUCGACCGCCCGUCGGCCACGGGCGGCAUCUACCUCCCCGAGCCGACGAGCACCAAGCUGAACGGCGUCCCCGUCGUGGUCUCUUCCUCGGUCGCCGUCAUCGGCCGCUCCACCUUCACCCUGGGGCCCACCACCACCACCGCCGUCGUCUCGGGCCGCACCUUCACCGUCGGCCCGACCACCAUCGCGGGCGGCUCCCACACCCUCCCGCUCCCCGCGUUCCCGUCGCCCACCGAGGUGGUGGUCGCCGGCGGCGACCUCAUCACGGCCAUCGGCAGCUCCGUCUUGGUCGUCCACGGGACGACGCUGACGUACGAGCUGACGGCGCCCGAGAGCACCGUCAUCACCGUCGACGACGACGUGGUGACGCUCGGGCCGGGCGGCAUCACGGCGCACGACGGGGACGUCACGCUCGGCGGCACGCACGCCGCCGGCCCGCAGGACACGCAGUACGCCCUCGUCGGCGGCGCCACCAUCACCAAGAUCGGCGCCUCCGUCGUCGUCAUCCGCAACACCACCUACACCGUCGGCCCCAACGCCUCCGCCGCCGGCGCCCCCGGCCACGCCGGCACCGGCACCACCACCACCGUCGUCGGCGGCGAGACCGUCACCAUCGGCCCGGACGGCGUCCAGGUCGGCUCCCUCACCCUGCGCUACCCCUUCGGCCCCACCACCGUCAUCACCCCCGGCGUCGGCGUCGGCCCGGCCACCGCCACUGCCACUGCCACGGGCGCCGGCGGCGGCGGGGACGGCGGGGAUGAGGACGGCGUCUGUGCCUUGAGGCCCCGGAUGGCUGCCGUCGUCUGGGCCGUCGGGCUCGCCGUCGGGAUUGGGUUGAUGAUCUGAUACCAAGAAAGAAAAAGAAAAAAAGAAAAAAAGAAAAAAAAAAAGAAACGGCCCUCUUUGGGAUUGGCCGAGUUAGCGUUAGCGGGUU